AAAAAGCGAAGCGCCUCCCGUCUCCGUACAAGUCGAGAUGCUCCGACUACAAGUCCCCCGGGAUUCAGGACAAGUACUUUGGCUACCUUACGCAGGACACUUGCAUUCAAGACUGCGAGAUGAAGCUGGAGAUAAAGCUCUGCCAGUGUGUUCGCACCAUCCACGAGUUUGCGGCAACGUUCGGCGGCCAGAUCUGCGACCUUAUCAGGGACGAUAUAUGCACUAGAAAAGUGCGAAAUUCCAAGCCCUACCUGGACUGCUCGACCAAAUGCCGAGUUGCUUGCGAAGAAAUUAGGUACGACUUGAAGCUGAGCAGUCUAGCUGUUGACAAGUCGACCUACGGAACGGGCAAGGACAAAUUCUCGUUCAUCAUCAAGUUUUCUUCGGACACGCAAAAGGUCUCCGAAUACCAGCCUAAUCUACCGGUCAUCGAAGCCUUCGGGUUCUUCGGUGGUUACAUCGGAAUAUGGCUGGGUUUUUCGCUGCUCUCGGUGCUUCUGGGCGUCGAGGCGAAGCUUAUGAAAGCCAUUUCUCGCAAGACUGAAAAGUACGUCACGUAAAAUCAAAACACUACCUAAUAAAAAAAACAUUUUUUUU